AUGGCUUUUCAGAAUGCAAUAGUCAAUAGGUAUGGAAAAAUAUGGUGUUUUUGGGAAGAUACACUAGAUUGCUCUGUUACUUCCAAUAGCAAUCAACAAAUCACUAUGAAUAUCAAGCAGUUGACCACUAAUAUAACCUUUUGGUUCACAGUUAUUUAUGCUAAGACCUCAACCAGGAAAAGGAAAAAACUAUGGCACAAGCUUAGACAGAACUCUUCUCAAAUAGAUGGUCCUUGGGCUGUCCUAGGAGACUUCAAUGUGAUUUUGUCUCCCAGUGAAAAGAAAGGGGGUAUACCUCAUAGAAUGAGCCAAAGUAAGGAUUUCAUCACCUGCUUGGACGAUUGUGGACUAGCAGAUACAGGUUACAGUGGAAAUCCCUUCUCUUGGACCAAUGGUAGGCAAAAAGCCAACAUGAGAGUUCUAUACAAUGAGGAGUGGAAUGACAACAUGGGCAUCAGCAUGAACUCUUGGAUGGAGGAGGUACAAGGCAAUGCUAUGUGGAUUCUACAAGAGAAGCUGAAAAGACUUACUAAAGUAUUAAGUAAAUGGUCCAAAGAAGUCAUUGGAAAUGUCUUUGAAAAGGUCAAGCAAUAUGAACAACUUAUUCCUGACCUUGAAGACAAAAUGGACAAUGAUGACUCUGAGGAAAACAGACAAGAUCUGAAUAGAAUCAAUGUUGAGUACAUUAAAUGGGCAGGCUCACAAGACAACAUGCUACAACAGAAAGCUAAUAUCCAACGGAAUGAAGAGGGAGAUGCUUGCACAAAGUAUUUCUUCAGCUCUAUUAAACACAAGAGAAGAAGGGCUACUCUGAAUAGAAUCAAAAACUUAGUUGGAGCCUGGGUGGAAAAAAAUGAGACCAUUAGAGAUGCAGCAGUCCAAUAUUUUGGCAAUAUGUUCACUAAGACUGCACAAAUUCCAGAUUUUGGAGUUCUUCAUCAUAUUGAAAAGCUGGUCAAGGAAGAGGAUAAUCAGAGGCUGAACAGGUUUCCAAAAGAAGGAGAGAUUAAAAAAGCAAUAAUGGAUCUCAGUCCUAAUGGUGCUGCUGGUCCAGAUGGCAUUAAUGGUUUAUUUUUCCAAAAAUGUUGGAGUAUCAUUAAAAAUUACCUGAUCAACUUUGUGCAGAGUUUCUAUUGUGGUAAAAGGUUAACAAAGUAA